CUCUUUACACAUCUAGGUGCAUUUGCCUUUAUUUCUUUACUCUCAAUUGUGUGUAAGCACACUGAAAGCUGGACAAACUGCUGGAUCGAAGGCUUACAAGUGGAUACAAAAAGCAGCUGCCAAACAAGAACUGUAUAAUUAAGAUGGAGUCUCCAGUGCCUGCAACCAACUUCACAACUUUCACAGAACUCACCGUGAAACCAAAUAUGACUAAUACAACACAAGCUCUUUGUAAACUUCCAGCUAACGAGGUUUUCAUAUUUGCAUAUUCACUACUGUUUCUUGUCAGUCUGGUGCUGAACUGCAUCACGAUGCGGGUGUAUUUCUGUUCCAAUCAGAACGUUCAGUCCAGUGUCACAGUCUACAUGAAGAACCUGGUCGCAGCUGACUUCUUCCUGUGCCUUUGUUUACCUUUGCGCAUUGCUGCCUACGCCAAUAAUUCAGAGAUAAUGAGCAAUAUUUACUGCAGCUUUGGAGCAACAGCAUUCUAUAUAAACAUGUAUGCAAGCAUUCUCUUCAUGGACUUUAUUGCUGCAAACAGGUACCUGAAGAUUGUCCAGCCGGUGGAGGCUCAUGCUCUGCAGACAGUCCAUACCGCCUACUACAUUUCUGCAGCAAUUUGGCUCUCCUUGUUAGCCAUGGCUUCCAUCUACUUAACCCUCUUUCUACAGAACUUCUGGGGUCAAAUGCCUGAUGCGUUUACGUGUGAAUCCCGGCACAGUUCCCAGCUCAGUGUAACCUACAAAAUCAUCCACUGUGUGACCUUUGUGGGCUUCAUUGUUGUUCUGGUAUCUCUGAUUCUGCUAUACUGGAAGACUCAUCAAAAGCUCAGACAAGUUCAGUUCUCUUCACAGGUCAGUUUCAGAAGCCAAACAUUCAAAAGGUCUAAGCACAACAUGCUAGUGCUAGUGGUCAUUUUCUGUGUGUGCUUUGUUCCCUAUCACCUGGUGAAAUUACCUUAUGUAUUCAUCAAGCCCCUGCUGCUUGAUUGUACAGCAGCCCAGCCAUUCUACAUCAUGACUGAGCUCACCAUCGUCCUUGCAGCACUAAAUGCCUCCUUGGAUCCACUUAUGUACUUUUUCUUUUGCAAGACCUUCAGAGCACAAUUUAACUUAACUACAAGGAGUCGCCAAUCUGUCCGUGAAUGAGGACUAGACGGUUUUUGUGUUAUUGUGAAAACUUGUGUAGAAAGGGGGAAUUUGCAAGUUUCAAUCUUGUGAGAAAGUGUGUUUUCCCAAACUCAAGAAGUACUAAAGAUGUCUUAAUAUCCUUUUGGACUUUGGUUUAUAAUAAACUUUUGAUUUCUUCAUUUUCAGUUCAAAAAUAUACUUAACUUCUAAAGAGGAAUUUCUGAAGAACAAAUAACGUUAAAAAUAUAAAUGUAUUUCAUUUCUCUGUAUUGAAAGAGGUGAAAUUAUCUCCUUGUGAAACCAAGCAUUAAGAACUCACACAAAAACAGAUGCCAUGCAACAAAACAAUAAAAUUAAUCUGGAGAAGAGAUCUCCAAAGA